ACACACAGCAGAGAAAGAGGGAGGAGCGAGGUGUCCUAGCGGAGCGGAAGAGAGAGACGACGAUAGAGAUAUUUUCAUCUACUGUCAUCGUCUAUGGCUGGAACAAGACGGUAAACUAAAGUAUCGAUCUAACAACGUCUGCAUUGGCGCUGCAGCAACGUUAGUAUCGAUACGAGUCGAUACUCGGAUCGAUCCGCCCUGGUUGCUAAGGCCGCAGCGAGGCUAGAGAUGGGCCGGAAGAAGAGGAGCAUAGUGUGGACGUAUUUUACGUGCGUAAAUGAAAAUGAAGCAAAGUGCAGCCUGUGCAGUAAGUGUAUCCGUUACUGUGGCAACACCACCAAUUUAUUCAAACACAUGAAAAACCACAAGGAAGAGAGCAACUUACUAAAGCAACGGAAACGAGAGGGAGCCCCCCCAGGACAACCAGUUCAGAGCCAGAUCACAUGGGCACACCUCCUGCAGGCAGGAGAGGAGUAUGGAGCCCCGGUGGAAGUGACGGUGGAAGCAGCGGAGCGCAUCGGAUACAUCACCCGAGUUCAGAGCUUCAGCGCCUGCCACCGCCUCCACAGUACUCUGUUAAGCGAUGAGGAUAAUAAAACAAUCUAUGGAAAGUGCAACAAUCCCAACGGUCAUGGACACAACUACAAAGUGGAGGUCACCGUGCGUGGAAAGAUCGAUCCCAUAACCGGCAUGGUCAUGAACAUCACCGAGUUAAAGAAGUGUAUUGAGACAGUUAUCAUGGUUCCACUGGACCACAAAAACUUGGAUAAAGAUGUCCCGUAUUUUGCCAACGUUGUCAGUACAACGGAAAACGUUGCUGUUUACAUCUGGGACAACAUGGUAAAGAUCCUUCCUGCCAACCUGCUUCAUGAGAUCAGGAUUCACGAGACAGACAAGAACAUCAUCGUCUAUCGAGGAGAGUGAAAACCUGGGUUACAACCUAGUUUUGCUUUAGUCAACGGUUGAUUUUGUAACUGCACCGUCUCCAUUGUCUCCAAUAACCCUGACAAAUAGAACGUUUAGUGCAUUCAGAUGGUCCUUCUAAAUUUCAAAGCUUGUGCAAUUAAAAAAAGUUUAGCAUUGUAGAUGAAUGUUUAUAUAAAGUUAAAUCAAGACUGUAGACCUAUGAUCUCCAGCAUUUUAGAGUUGGAAUACCUAUAGAAAGUUACUCAGCAGUUACAUCAUCACAGGGACUGAAUGUAGGCCCCGUCCACAGCACUUCAGAUAAAUUUAAAAAUAGAAACUGAAGAGUUAUUUAUAAGAAAUGUUUUAGAGAUAUGUGGAACUAUUUGGAUCAUUUUAGACUGGAUAUAUGCCACUGUUUAGAAACCAUUAACCUAUUUUGUACAUGUCCAUCAUAGCCUUGUGGCCUAGAAACCAUAACAAUCAGGCUGUUUCUCUGUUUUAUUUCCAUUUUCCAUUCU